AGGUUUGGUUAUUGGAUUAAAAUGAGCAAAUCAAUUUUCACAGAGUUCGCAGACUUGCUGAUUAAAGAAAACUGGAGCCUUGAUGUUCUGUUGAAAAAUGAGCACCUUGUGAAAGUGCAGCUGAUUGGGAGUCCCGAAAUGAAGUCACCCACUGUGGGAACAGAGUGUAUGUUGCACUUAUUGAAGAUGACAGAACAAAUCUACCUCCUUACAGUUCACCAAAAUGGAAGACUGUUGGCUCGUGAAACUAUCAAUGUAUCAGUGUUGGCGUUAGCAGGAACUGACAAGCUCCGUGAUUGGUGGGACGGAUAUCGUGCAACCAUGCUCAACUGUAUUCAUUUGGCAAUUGGAGGUGGGCGAGGAGUGGUUGGACUUUUGGCAUGUCCAGAUGAGAUACUAGUGAGUGAUUCUGAUUGCUUUUUGCUUCAAUAUUACUCACAUUUUGUUCUGAGAUACUUAUAAUAAUUACUUUUAUAGUUAUUUUGCUAAUCUGUUCAAUUCGUGUCUGUACAAAACAGAACCAUACAAAAAAGUCCAAUACAGAACAGUCCGAAAAACAGUCCCAAUUAAUAAUUGUUUUGACAAUCCGGCAGGCCGAGAAUUGUCCUUUGUUCAAAAAGCAUAAUGAACAAAAUAGUGACCGCCGCAGUCGCGCCAACGUGUUGCAAGCUUGCCAACAGAAUGUAGGACUUAAUACGAAUUUUUAAGCCAGUUAUCGCCGCGAAGCGGCGACGCGCGCGCAGCUCG